GAGCCACGACCGAUCUCGUCCUGCCCCGUCGUUAUUAUAAAUCUCUCGCCACUCCCUUGCGUCGUUAUACCCAUCUUCUUUCUAUUCGGAUUCCAUCGAAGAAACCAACCCGCUUCCUGCUAAAAUGAGCUGGUGGUGGGCAGGCGCCAUCGGCGCAGCGAAGAAGAAGCUCGAGGAAGAUGACGGCCCACGCCCGCCUCAAAGCGUGGCACUGAUAAUUGGCGUUACGGGCAUCGUCGGCAACAGUCUUGCCGAGAUCCUCCCUCUCUCCGACACCCCCGGCGGCCCUUGGAAGGUCUACGGCGUCGCCCGCCGCUCCCGCCCGCCAUGGUCCGCGGACCACCCAAUCGAAUACGUCCAGUGCGACGUAUCCGAUCCAUCCGACGCCCAAUCCAAGCUGUCAACCCUCACCGACGUCACUCACCUCUUCUAUGUCGCCUGGGUCGACCGGCGCACCGAGUCUGAGAACUGCGAAUUCAAUGGCUCGAUGCUCCGCAACGUCCUCCAAUCGGUAAUUCCCAACUCCCCCAAUCUCCAACACAUCUGCCUCCAGACGGGUCUCAAGCACUAUCUCGGCUCCUUCGAAUCUUUCAAGAACAUCCGGCCGCACGAUCCUCCCUUCCACGAAGAUCUGCCCCGCCUUCCAGGCCCCAAUUUCUACUACACUCAGGAGGACAUACUCUUCGAAGAAGUCGAAAAGAAGGAUGGGCUGACCUGGACCGUCCAUCGCCCCGGGAACAUCUUCGGCUUUUCCCCCUACAGCCUCAUGAACCUGGUUGGGACCCUCUGCGUCUACGCUACAAUCUGCAAGCACGAGGGGGCUCCGCUGCGGUUCCCGGGCAACCGUCUCGCGUGGGAUGGAUACUCGGAAGCGUCUGAUGCUGACCUGAUCGCCGAGCAGCACAUAUGGGCAGCCGUUGACCCGUAUGCCAAGAACGAGGCCUUCAAUUGCAGCAAUGGUGAUGUGUUCAAGUGGAAGCAUCUGUGGAAGAUUCUGGCAGAGCAGUUCGAGGUGGAGUAUGUGGAAUUUGAGGACCAGGGUUUUAAAUUGGCGGAGGCGAUGAGGGAGAAGGGGCCUGUUUGGGAGCAGAUUGUGAUUGAAAAAGAUCUCCUUCCUACCAAGGUAGAAGAGGUUGGGAUUUGGUGGUUUGUGGAUCUUUGCUUCAAUGUGCCAGAGUCUUUCUUGGCCAGUAUGAAUAAAAGUAAGGAGCACGGCUUUUUGGGUUUCAGGAAUUCAACAUAUUCUUUUUCUUCUUGGAUAGACAAGAUGAAGUCUCACAAGAUUGUGCCUUGAAUGGAUGGUAGUGAGUAUUAUGGUAUUUUGAUGGUUUGAGACUGUUUGAGUGGUUUCGGUGUUUUGGGUUUUCUUUGAACUGUGUUAGUAUGGUGUAAUAAAAAAAUCGUUAGCUUGUUGUUGUCGUUGUUGUUGUUUUUCUGUACAUUGCAUAUUGCAUAUGGGGGUUGAACAAAUGUUUUAUUUUUGCAUGGAUGAAUGGAGGAUAGAUUUGUGAUUU